AUGUCCACACGGUCAGGGAAGGGUUACUCGACAGGAAAGAAGUUGACCGCAACAAAAGGAACAAGCGCGAGGAAAGUCAAGGAUAAGGUUGCGUCGCCUGCUCCUAGGAAGAAGCUUGAAGCUACUUUUGAUGAGUGUACCACCGGUGAUACAGAAGGAGGAGGGUACAGUAGCGACGAUUGGAACUUCGAAGACGGUGAAGAUUGUUUGGGGCAGUCCGACCGAUCUGCGUCCACAGCUGGAUCUCGCAGAGAGAAGCUUUCACUCAAUAUCCAGAAGAGUAUAUUGGAAGACAUUUUGUUGGCUGGAGGGAUUGACAAGUUUGACCUCAAGUCGCAGCAAGCGCUCUCAGAGCUGUGUAAUCAGAGGCCAGAGCUCUACGGACAAAGAGGUGACCAAGUCCGUAAAAAGAUUCAGAAGAAAGUGUACAAGUGGAAGGAAGUCUACAAGGAUUCUGACGCCAGGUGGGUUAAAAUUCUGAAUAAGCUGAACGUUUCUGUGAGGGCAGGAAAGACUUCGAAGAAGGCCACGAAACCAGCUCCAGUCCCUUCGUCAGGUCCAACACCCGACCCAGUCAAUUCAUCAGGUCCAACACCCGACCCAGUCCCUUCGUCAGUCCACGUGCCGAACGAGGUCCCUUCGUCAGGUCCAACACCCGACCCAGUCCCUUCGUCAGUCCACGUGCCGAAUAAGGUCCCUUCAUCAAUACAGAAGAGUUGGACUGCUGGGAUUCCACCGGUUGUGAAAGAGGAACGACAGUCAAAGCCCAACACUGGUACUUCCAAAAUGAGCGAGUAUCCCGAGGGUGCAAAAAUUAUCAAGGUGGAUGCUGAGCAUCCAGAGAACAACGGGCCUUUCUUCAUCUACCCAGUUCCGGAUAUGGAGGCAGCUGAAGAAGGGCACGAAUCAAAGGGGUUCUUCAUUCUCUACGCCAUGGAUGAACGCUUCUCGGAUCAUGAUGAAACCGUCAAGUGGAUCAGUGCGAAUGUUGUUGGGUCGAAGCAGAUUCACAUUAAGGUCCCAUCUUUGCCCUUCUUCAUGGCCCCGGGUGUGGAGAACCAAGAAAAGAGGUAUGAUGCCCUUAAAGCACAAGUCCCUCUCUGCGUUAUGAAGUCCAUCAAUGCAGGUGUUUCGUUCCUUGCUCCCCGGGAUGAUGCCACUAUUUCACACUUGGAGGCUGCCAAGAAUGAGGCUCGCAAGUGGGAGACAUGGGUCCUAGAUUUUUCAAGAGUGGAUUAUGUUGGAGAGCUGAAGUCAUCCCUCGUGUACGCUCAGGCUGGGCCAAACGAGGUGCUUUAUUACGAUGUUAUCUAUAUUCCGUCCGAGUGGGCGCAGGAUUCUACGGGGGAAGAUAAAUAUGAAGAGUUUCUUGGCUUCAAGGUGGGUGUUAGUGUUCCAAUGGAGAAAGCGUCUCGCAAGGUUAGCAGAGCUUCUGCUGUCAAGAAGAGCACCAUGGCCACGAGGCGUCAAGCGGCGCUCGACAAGCUGAAGAAGCAAACUACAAACCAGUCAGGUGGGAUGGAUCAAUCUUAG